AUGGAUGCGUCUGAGAAUGAAAAACAGCCGAAUAAGGGUGUAGAGGAUGUGGCAGUAGAUGUUCCCAGAUUUGGAUGCCUGACGAUCGCCGAUGUGCGAGCUUUGACCUUCGAAACAGUGGAUGAGGCAGAGAGAUUCCACUGUGCAUAUUCAACAGUAGUUGGAUUUGGAUGUAGGAAGGAUGACAAGGGAGAGUCUAACAGUUUGAUUCGGUGGAGGCAGUGGGUCUGCUGCAAGGAAGGGACUCGAGAGCAUAAUCAUGAACUAGCUACUGGGAACCAAAUUGCAUUCGUUCGUGCUCAUCGUCAUGUCAGCGAAGCAGCUUUGGCUCUGACAAACACAAUGACAACGGUUUCAAUCAUACCAUGUCACAUGUAUAAGUAUAUGGUGGAGCAGGCUGGGGGAUAUUUGGUAGUGGGAUUCACCAUGAAGGACCUCUACAACAAGCUUGACCAACAACGACGGACCUCCCCAUUUGAGAGUGAUUCCGAAGGAGCGCUUUCCUACAUGAGAGCACUGGCAGCAAAAGACCCACACUUCAUAUGCAGAUUCACUACAGAUUUGGAAGACAGGUUAGUGGACAUUUUUUGGCGAGAUGGGCAUUCAUUUGUUGAUUAUCAGUGUUAUGGGGAUGUGCUGAUAUUCGAUAGCACAUACAAAACCAAUGUUUACAACAGGCUAUUGGUUUUGUUUGUUGGGUCGAACAACCAUCGAGGUAGUAUUAUUUUCGGUGCUGCCCUUAUUUCGGAUGAGACUGAGGAGACAUACACUUGGUUGCUUUGUACAUUUUUGGAGUCGAUGAACGGGAAAAUGCCAAAGGUGGUACUCACAGAUAGUGACGAAGCCAUGCGUAAGGCAAUUGAAACUGUCAUGUCGGAAGCAAGGCACCGUCUAUGUAUUUAG